AUGGAUCAUUCUCAGUCUCUUCUCGAGCAGGGCGUGCCUUUGGGCCCAACGGUCGUCCCUCAGCCCAACGGACUUCCUCCUGAUGAAGACCAACAUGCUGCCAAAUUGUCGAUGUGGGCAGACAAAUAUCGAGGUGCCACGGUGGCUGACCUAGACCUCCCUCCUGCACUGUCUACUUCACCAAGCACGUCACUUGCCUCCGCUAUGCUCUCAGCUUCAUCCCAUGACUAUUCGCACUUGACGGUCCUGUCCGACAAUACUCGCUCCCUUUUGGGCUACCUCCCGAUCUCGAAAUUGAAGCAACUCUUCGAGUCCGGGCAUCUCCAGCCCUCUGACCCUGUGUCGAAGGCUAUGGUGAAAUUUCAGCGGGGCGGAGGAAAUAAAUACCAGGUUGUCACAAUGGAGACCGAGUUGUGGGAACUUGAAGGAUUUUUUGAAGACGUUGGGCCGCUGGCAACUGGUGCAAAACAAGAUUUUGCUGUCGUCACUGACGGCGGGAGGAAGUUCGUAUUGGGGGUCGUCACUAGGAGUGAUCUGGCGGAGUUUGUCAAGAGGAGGCCAGCAUGA